GUCACACGUCGAAUAGUAUAGGGAGAAUAUCAGAAGGAAGACAGAAACUAUGGGGGAUUCUGCAAGAAAUGCAUGCUACAAUGUAUCUGUGAUUCAUCCCAAUCGAAUCUGGCAAACAGAUAAUGUUGUAAAAUCAGAGCUCAGUGUUCUCGCCUUUCAAAUUUGCUUCACUGCAUUCUUCUCUAGUAUUUUCUUCUACAUCUAUAAACGCCUCCUACAACCACGUCUACUUUCCCAAAUCGCUGUUGGCUUCAUCCUAACGAGCCCAUUUAUAGGGAAUUACGCAUCUGUUUUUCAGUUCAUUUAUCCUGUAAGAGGGGUCAUAAACAUUGAAGUGCUAGGAAACCUUGGAUUGAUAUUCUACUCAUUCCUCAGUGGGUUGGAAAUGAACUUGAAUACCAUUCUAAAUGCCAAUAAGAAAGCCAAAAGCAUCGCCGUUGCUGGGAUCGCGUUUCCCAUGGUGAUGGCACCAACCUUAUAUGUUAUGCAUCGAAAAGUUUACAUGGGACCUGUUUUCUACAAACUUGAAGAAGACACAACUCAUGCUUAUUUACUUUGGACUCUAGUUAUCACUGUAACAGGUUUUCCAGUCGUAGCUCAGUCCCUUUCUGAUCUCAAGCUCCUACAUACGGGUCUCGGCAAAACUGCUUUAACAGCAGCCAUGAUUAGUGAUUCCUAUGCAUGGAUUCUUUUCACAUUAGUGGUUCCAUUUUGUAUUAAUGCUAAAGGAGCAAUGUACGCAGUGGUAUGUACCAUAGUAUUCAUUAUCUUUAGCGUCUUUGUGCUACAUCCUGUCGUCGAAAAGUAUAUUAACCAAAAGACCGAAAAUGAUGACUGGAACGACAGGGAGCUAGUCUUUGUGGGGAUGGGGGUCUUAGCUUUUUCAUACUUAACAGAUCUUCUUGGAACCCAUGGGAUUGUUGGUGCUUUUGUGUAUGGACUCAUUCUACCUCAUGGAAAAUUUUCUGACAUGGUUAUGUCAGCUACAGAUGAUUUUGCUACUGGGUUUCUGGCACCAACCUACUUCGCUGGAGUUGGACUAAGACUCACAUUACCAGCUAUUUUUAACCAAGAUAAUUGGCACUUGACAUUGCUAGUUGUACUCUUGCUGUGUGUUCCAAAGAUUUUAAGCACUUUGUUCACUGGUUUCUUCUUCGGCAUGCGCAACCAAGAAGGUCUAGCUCUGGGCUUGAUUAUGAAUACCAAGGGUGCCAUGGCAUUGAUCAUGCUAAACAUUGCUUGGGAUAGAGGGAUAUUAUCUCCAGCAACCUACACUGUUAUUACCUCUGCUGUUCUCCUAAUGACUGCAGUGGUGUCUCCAAUCCUUAACAUCAUGUACAAGCCUAGAAAGAUAUUUGGGCAGAAUAAGCUAAAGACAAUACUAAAGCUAAGACCUGAUGCAGAGCUUCGAAUUCUGGCGUGUGUCCACAAUACUCGCCAAGCCACCGGCAUGAUCAAGUUAAUUGAAUCCUUUAAUGCGACAAGACUUUCUCCGUUACAUGUUUUUGCACUCUACCUUAUCGAGUUCACCAAACGCGGUGCUGCGCUUGUUGCUGCCCACAUGGAGAAGCCUAACCAUCAUAACGGAGUGCAAAACCUGACCACAACACAGGCAGAGUUAGAGAACAUUACUAGCAUGUUCGUAGAAUACGGAGAGAAACAUGAUGCUGCAAGAGUCCAUACAUUAAGUGUCAUGUCAAACUACAACACCAUUCAUCAAGACAUACACUUCACAGCAAAUGAGAAACACACAAGCCUAAUUCUCCUUCCAUUCCAUAAACAUUUAUCUUCAGAAAAGGUGUUAGAGAUAACUAGUCCUGUAUAUAGAGAUAUAAACCAAAUGGUAAUGCAUGAUGCACCUUGUUCUGUGGGAAUCUUUGUUGAUCGUUUUCCUGGGAACUUACCGGAAAAUAAUUUCCACAUUCUCAUGCUUUUUAUUGGUGGUCCUCAUGACCGUGAAGCACUGGCUGUUGCGCGGAGGAUGGCGGGGAAGGCAGGAGUCACGCUUACGGUGGUUCGAUUCAUAUUUCUUGAUGAAUUAGCAGAGGUGGAUACAAAAAGUUACCCUGAAGAGCAAGAGUUUUUAUCUUUUAUGAUGGACAUUGAGCAACAGAGAGAGUUGGAUGAUGAGUACGUGAGUUCAUUCAGACUCAAAACAGUGAAUAUGAGUGAUGAUUCUAUAUCCUACUCAGAGAUUGGUGUACAUUCGAUUACUGAUAUCAACACAGUCCUGAAUGAGAUAGAAAACAAUGGCUGCGAUUUAUACAUAGUUGGACAAGGAAAUUUUAAGAACUCCCGUGUGUUCUCGAAUUUAUUGGUGUGGUCUGAUUGCCCAGAACUUGGAGUUAUGGGGGAUAUUCUUGCGUCAAAGGAUUUUAGUCCACGUUCAUCUGUGUUGGUUGUGCAGCAGUAUGGGUUUGGAGGAUUGGUUUCUGGAAAAGAUCCUAACCUUGUGAGGGUUCAAGUUGCUUGAGGUGAAGAUGGGUCAAUAACGGUUGUUAAGGAUUUAACAUGUGUAUACGAUGAAAAAGACUCGCUUUGUUUGCUUAUUAAGU